CCGCUGUGUCGCUUUGGACUGAAAAUUAAGUUAACAGAAGAGUAAUUUUGGAACUUGUGUCCUCUAAAACUUACCUGAAGCUGCUUUUUAAGGAGCCUGGAGGCAACUCUGGAUUUAUACUUUUGAGAGGAUAAAAUGAGCAAAACAAAGAAUAAAAGUGAAAAUAAGACGGAAAAGGCUUUGGCUGCGGAGAAAGAACAGUUUGGUAAACAACAGCUUCACAACAUCAGUAAAACCGUCACGUCGACUGAAACACCACCUAAAGCCAAAUAUGUGCGCAACAUCAUCAUGGGAACCCACAAAGAGGGUGGAGCCACCACCUUCUGGUCCUACGUCUUGAACCUGCCUCUCUCCAGCAACUCCAUGGUCAGCUGGAAAUUUUGCUAUUUGCUCCACAAAUUGCUCAGGGAUGGACACAAAAAUGCUGUUGCAGAUUCCCGCAGGUACAGUCGCAAUGUGAAAGACAUGGGUGUCCUGUGGGGAAAGUUGCAUGAUCGAUAUGGUCACAUUGUUGCCUUGUCUGCCAAAUUCUUAUACCUCAAAAUGGAAUUUCAUGCAAAGCACAAGGUGAUCCCAGGUAACCUGGAGGCCAGCGAUGAGACGUUGGAGAAGGAAGCAGGAACGGACAUGAAUAAAGUGCUGGAUAUGACGCAGGAGCUUUUGGAUUACUUGGAUGCUGGCCUGAAGAUGGCUGAAACAGUUCUGCGUCAGCUGGACGCCAACGGGGCCAAAUCUACGACCCCGGCUGGACAGUGCAGACUGACUCCUCUCAUCCCCCUCGUCCCAGACUGCAGCUUGCUCUACCACUUCUCUGUCCGAUUGCUGUUCAAACUCCACAGCCGUAUUGCUGCAGAUGUUCUUCUUGGACAUCGAGAGAGAUUCCGCGACUUAUUCACAAGCCUCACUCAGUUCUUCGACAGAGCCAGAGAGAUGGAGUUCUUCAAGAGUAACGUCCAGAUCCCAGAUCUUCCAGAUGCUCCUCCAAACUUCCUCCGAGCUGCCGCUCUGGCUGAGUAUAAGAAGCCAGUGGUAGUGAUGCACCAGGAGGAGGAGGAUGUGGAGAUACAGUCUGAGUUUAGAGAAGCUCCUCAAAUGCCACAGUACUACGUGCUCAGCCAAAUGGGAAUUCCUGAAGCUUCAUACGACCAGAGAGAAACUGAAAACGAGAGUCUGAAGAGGGAGCUGGAGGUGCUGAAACCAGAGCUGCAGCUCAUCAAGAGCGAGGCUCAACGUUGUCUAACUGAGUUAAAGGCUCAGGUGAACCGCCUGGAAGCUGAGGUGGAAGAACAGCGCACCCACAAACAGGUGGCCCUGGUUGAAAACGAGCACCUGCGGAUGGAGGUGGGCACGUUAAGAAGCGCUAACGUUGCCAAUGUUGGGGCUCAGAUUGGAUUCAAGGAGGCAGACACUAGAGCCCAGGCAGCAGAGCUUCGUUUUUCUCAGCUGAAAGAAAGACAUGCAGAGCUGGUUACAGGUCACGCUGAUCUAAUGAAGAAGAACGCAGAAACAGUGAAGAUGCUGUCGAAUACAAGACAAGAUCAGGACGACGUGCGGAGAGCCAAUCAGCAGCUAGAAAGUGAGCUGGGAAGUCUACGACAGGAGAAAAGAAACACGAUGAAUUGGCAGCAGCAGGAGGUUGACCGCCUGAAUAAAGAACUGCUGGAACAAAGAGCCAUGCUGGCCAUGCUUCAGAGCACUCUGCAGAGUAAAGACACGGAAGGGUCUCAAAUGAGCAGCACCCUGGCGGCUCUGCAUGCGGAGCGAGAGUCACUGCUUCGCUCUGCAAUGGAAAAAGAUGCAGAGCUUUCCUCUCUGAAACUACAGGCCCAGCAGCACCAGGGCACUCUGGACCUGGAGAAGAACCGGACCGAGCGAGAGCUGCAGUCUCUCAGAGCUCAGCUGCAGCAGCAGCUUGCCAUCAAUGCAGAGCAGAAGCUGGAGAUCGACAGGCUGAAACGAGAGCUGGACUCCACCCGAGCAGAACUGACACGUGCAAACAGCUUGUUGCAAAAUAAAGAACUGAGUGGAUCCCAGCUGAGCAGCACGCUGGCAGGGCUGCAUGCCGAGAGGGAGAUGCUGCUGCGAUCGGCUCGGGAGCACGAGGCCAUGCUGAACUCCCUCAGACAACAAGCCCAACUCCAGCAGAGCUCCCUGGAGCAGGAGAGGCAGAGGAGCAGCAUGGAGCUGGGGAGCCUAAAAGCCCAGCUACAGAAGCAGGCCGGUUGGGAAGGUGCGCUGGCCCAGAGGCUGCAGGAGGAGCAGUUCAGUCUGCUGCAGUGUGCGGUGGUUGAGGCCGAGGGCAUCGUACUGGACGCUGUGGCCAAACUGGAUGACCCCAUUCACGUCCGCUGCAUCAGCUCUCCUGAUUAUCUGGUGAACCGAGCUGAAAUCACUCUCGGAUCUAUCGACAAAAUGCAGCAGAGCCACCUGGUCUACCUGGGAAAUAGGAGUGAUGCCAGUGGCUUGUUGAGAGCAGUAACACAGUUUUCUCACCUUGCUGCGGACACGAUAGUCAACGGAGCAGCGACGUCACACUCAGUCCCCACCGAUCAUGCCGACAGUUUAAACGACAGCUGUCGGGAAUGUGCUAAUCACUGCCUUCAGUUCUUGAAGGAUCUGAAGUCUCAGGCCAGCAUCCAGAGAGCUGACCCAUCUGCGAUACGCUACACUGUUCAACGCCUCCUCGCUAUGGGACAGGAUCUGCGUCCGAAAGGACAGGACGUGCUGAAAGAAGAGCUGGGAAGCAUGGUGGAUAAAGAGAUGUUCGCUACAUCGACUGCCAUUGAAGAGGCUGUGCUGCGAAUGGACGAGAUCUUGAGCCAAGCAAAGAAAGACACCAGUGGGAUUAAGCUGGAGGUCAAUCAGAGUAUCCUGGGAUCCUGCUCAGACCUGAUGAAGGCUGUCCAUAUCCUGGUGACGGCCUCCACCGACCUGCAGAAAGACAUUGUGGAAGGAGGGAGGGGAGCAGCAUCUGUCACAGAUUUUUAUGCCAAAAACUCGCGGUGGACUGAAGGACUCAUCUCUGCCUCCAAAGCUGUUGGCUGGGGUGCCACGCAGCUGCUAGACUCGGCGGACCGCGUCGUUGGGGAAAGCGGAACAUACGAGGAGCUCAUCGCCUGUUCACAUGAGAUCGCUGCAAGCACUGCUCAGCUAGUUGCGGCCUCCAAGGUGAAGGCUGACCGCAACAACAAGAAGCUGAACACGCUGCAGCAGGCGUCCAGACACGUCAACGACAUGGCCGCUGUGGUCGUCACCUCCAGCAAACACGGACAGCAGCAGAUUUCUGACCACGGUAUCAUGGACUUCUCAGGAAUGUCUCUGAUCAAACUGAAAAAGGAAGAAAUGGAGGCACAGGUGAAAGUCCUGCAGCUGGAGAGCCAGCUGGAGCAGGAGCGAGUCCGACUUGGGGAGCUGAGGAAGAGGCACUACGAGGUCGGUGGGACCGGUGGCGCAGAUGAUGGAGCUGACGGCUUCCCACCACCGCCGCCGCCAACUCUCCUCGACUCCACCCCGCUGCCUCAGUCGUUCUCGCAAAUAAAGCCCUACGCAAACACCCACAGCCUCUCGCAGACCAGCCCAUUUCCACCUGCCCAGACACAAUCCUUCCCACUGCCUCAGUCUUACACACCAACUAAUACCUACACUCCAUCCCAAACUUACACUCCAUCCCAAACUUACACACCUUCUCAAACUUACACUCCUUUUCAAACCUACACACCCUCACAGCCCUACGUCCCUGCUCAGCCUUUCAUUCCAUCCCAGACGUACGCCAAAAACCCGGCACAGAGUUACGAGCAAGCUCAACCUUAUUCUGUGCCGCAGCCGGCGUCCAGUCUCGCUCAGCCCAAACCCCAGUCCCAGCAGAACGCAGAGUCGAGCAAAGUAACCUUAAGGAAGCCAAGCAUCUUCGUAAAAUCAGGAAACCUCCUGAAGAAUGCGUUCAAACGAGGUGAAACUGGACAAGGACAGAGUUGAAGAAGAAGAGCCUGGAUUAAUGAUUUUAGUGCUCACUAAAGAAAUAAAUGUAUUUUAUCAAGCUGAUAACAAUCAUUUUAACCCUCAACAAAUCUCUGUUUCUGUGAAAUGUUUCAGGAGCUUACAAGCAGUAUCUGAUUAUGAGUUAUAAUUUCAACUUAAAUUACAUUUAAUAUUUAUAUAAUCACACUGAUGCUUGUAUUAUUUAAGUGAUUCAUUAAAAUGUGAAAAUUGUAUGAACUGCAGCUUUUUCAGGAUUCUCAUCUUUGAUAUACCAGGUUUAUACUUUCUUUCUUCUUUUUUUUAACCACCUGUUAUACUCUUCAUAAUGUAGAAUUCUUGUUAUAAAGUUAUUUUUUUCUUAGUUCUUGGUUUCCUCAAUGAUGAAUAGAAGUGGAUCAUCAGCGUAAAAAGAAGAUAUUAAUGUCCUGUUUCCUGGCCACGUUGCCCAAAACGAAGACACAGUCACCGAUGAAGUUUGAUCCAGAUAGUUACCUUGCCUUGACCGACGCCUUUUUGGUUCUCCAACAAACCUCUUCCUGGACUCCCAGAUUAGAAAGAUGUAAUGAGCCUAUAAUUUUGCUGUAUCAGAAUAAUGGGAUUAUAACGGACUCAGACCUACUCACUGAGGGGGCCAGUAAUCCACCCAAAUUCAUUAAGAUGUUUAUGAAGUCAAUUUAAAAGGACUGACGCCUUGCAAUUUCCCCUACAAGUUGCCUGUUAAAGCUGACCGUUCAGAAUUACUCAGUUGCACCUAAACCUUUAUGAAGCUGGGAGCAUUUUAGGAAAGCAGUAGAAAUGUUUAUCAGCUUCACGUGCUUGGCUCACCAGCGCGGACCGUGAUUUAGCUUCUGCAGUUUCAGCACAUGCAACUUGAUGCAGGGUUCAUUCUGAACUGCGUUUCUUCUCAAAAAUGAGCCUUUAUAGACUCUUGGUUGGCUCGCUCCACUCUUACCCUUUCCACUGAGCUUUGCUUUCACAGAAAAUGAAAGAAGACUUCACAGACCAAUGUGGAGAGGAUGCAGGAGAUAUCCAGCUUCAGAAACGCCCCCAAAACUGGCAUCAUUUGAUGACGCCCUUACUCCCUGUGUUAUGUUGCAUGGAUAGAAUGAAUCCUGGUUGUAUCUGAGUCAAACUCUGGUCAGUCUGUAUGUGUUCAAUAAAUAUGCCAUGAGGC